AUGUAUGAAGGACAGACAGAAAAUCACAUUCCAAGGAGGGGCGACCAAGAGCCUGGACUGGAACCUGGAGACGUGAUCAUAGUUUUGGAUCAGAAGGUCCAUCCCAUGUACCAGAGACAGGGAGAUGACCUGAUCACAAAGAUGGACGUCAAACUGGUGAAAGCUCUGUGCAGAUUCAGAAAAACUGUAACAACACUGGACCACAGGACUUUUGUCAUCACCUCCUCACUUGAAUUCCCAGAGAAAGACCCUGAACACCUCAUGUACCAGUUGGAGAGACUGCUACCUUCCAGAGAAGAUGUGAUGCUGAUGGACGACAUGGAGGAAGUGGACCUGGAGGAGGGGGAUGUCCAGGCCAGGCAGAGGAAGCACCAGAGAGAGGUCUACCAGGAGGAUGAAGAUGCUCCACGAUCAGGAGUCCAGUGCCAGACCUAA